UGCGAAGCUGCAGCCUCGUCGGCCUCCAACUCCGUCCACCCAUGGCGAGAACAGAACUCAUCACUACUACCACACUCCUCUUCCUCAUUCUCCCCUUCUUCGCCGCCGCCGACGACGACGUCCAGACGCUUCUAAGCAUCAAGCAAGGGUUUAACAACCCUCCAUCUCUCCUCUCCUGGAACACAUCCAACGGCCCCCACUGCAACUGGACGGGCGUCGCGUGCGCCCCCGCAACCGGCGCCGUCACUGCUCUCCAACUCACGAGCCAGGAACUCCAUGGUGAGCUCCCCGAUACCAUCUGCGACCUUGCCAACCUCACCGUUCUUGACCUCACCAACAACUACAUCUCCGGCGGCUUCCCCUCCGUCCUUUACCGUUGCAACCAGCUCCGGCACCUCAACCUAUCGCAGAACCUCCUCGUUGGAGCGAUUCCCGAUGACAUCGCCCGGCUCACCGCACUUCGCGAGCUCAAUCUCUCCGGGAACAACUUCACCGGCGACAUCCCACGAGGAAUCGGCCGCCUCGCCUCGCUCGAGGUGCUCAACCUCCAGAACAACCUCCUCAACGGGUCGGUGCCGCCGGAGAUUGGCGACCUCCAGAACUUGGCCGUCCUCAUCCUAGCGUUCAACCCCUUCUCGCCGGCGGAGAUCCGGCCCGAAAUCGGACGGUUGAAGAGGCUGAGCUACCUGUAUCUGCGAUACAUGAACCUGAUUGGACCCAUUCCCGAGUCAUUUGACACCCUGACUGUGCUGGAGAGGCUGGACGUGUGCCAAAACCAGCUGACCGGCUCCAUUCCGGCGGGGAUCCUCAGGCUGCCCAAUCUGAAAAUCCUCUAUCUCUAUCAGAACAAACUUACGGGGGAGAUACCCCGACAGAUACUGUCCACCCGUUUGGAGGAGAUAGACCUGAGCCAAAAUCUGCUGACCGGGACUCUGCCGCCGCAAGUAGCUAGUCUCGAGAAUUUGACAGUUCUCUACCUCGAAGAGAAUGGUCUAUCCGGUGAGCUCCCGCCCGAGAUGGGUCAAAUGAAAAGGCUGGUCGAUUUGAAGCUCUUCACCAACAGGUUUAACGGCAGCCUCCCUCAGGAUCUCGGCCGUUACUCUAAUCUCCGUUACUUCGAGGUUUCGAUGAAUGAAUUCUCGGGCGAGUUGCCGAAAACCCUCUGCUUCGGCGGACAGCUCCAGCUCAUAAGCGCCUACACGAACAACUUCUCCGGAAAUUUUCCAGAGGAAAUGGGCAGAUGCUCGACCCUGCAGCAUGUGUUGGCGUACAAUAACAGAUUUUCAGGAGAGAUUCCGGCGGACUUGUUGUCCUUAAGGAAUCUGCAGACGUUGAUGCUUGGACACAAUUCAUUUUCCGGCAAGUUACCAAGCAUCUUGUCACCGUACCUCUCCAGGUUCGAGAUACAGAAUAACAAUUUGUCCGGCGAGUUUCCGUCUAACUUCUCGGCCACAAUGAAUUUGCAAGUACUGGUGGCGAGCUGGAAUAGCUUCUCAGGAGAAAUCCCUACCAGAGUCACCGAAUUCCAGAACCUGACGGAUUUGCUUCUAGAUCACAACAGAUUCUCUGGCCCGAUACCGUUGAAUAUCGGCUCAUUGCGGCAUUUAUCCAACCUCGACCUCAGCACAAACCAGCUAACUGGAGACAUUCCCACGUCAUUCACCCAACUGCCCUCCCUCAAUAGCCUCGACCUCUCGGAUAACCAUCUCUCCGGCGCGAUACCACCGGAUCUGGGCAAUCUGAAACUUUCGAAGCUCAAUCUUUCCAACAAUGAUCUAACCGGCAAGGUUCCAGGCGCCCUCGAUGGUCCGGCGUUUGAACGUAGCUUUCUUGAUAACCCCGGUCUCUGUGCAUCCGACCCUUCUCUAAUCCAAACUCUCCGAUCGUGCUCUCCUCCUGGAGACAAAACACAGACAAUUCCGCCAGCUGUGCUCAUCGCUAUCCUGGUUGUCGUCGGGAUUCUCACCCUCUUAUCCAUCGGCUUCGCAGCGGCGCUCCUUCGCGCUUAUAUCCUUCAAAGACGUGACUUCGGCGACUACGCAUCGUGGAAGCUUACCUCUUUCCAAAAGCUCAGCUUCACAGAGGAGGACAUCCGGCGGGGACUAACGGUGAACCACCUGAUCGGCCAAGGCGGCACCGGAAAGGUGUACCGGGUGCCCAUGGGUGACAGUGCUGUCGCCGUCAAGCGGAUAUGGAACGGACAGAAGGUCGGGCGGAAGAACGAGCGCCUCUUUGAGGCAGAGGUUGACAUCCUCGGUCGCAUCCGCCACAGCAAUGUGGUGAAGCUUCUCUGCAGCAUCUCCGGGGAUGAUUCGCGCCUCCUUGUCUACGAGUUCAUGGGGAACGGGAGUCUGCAUAGGUGGCUCCACAGUUCUGACUCGAUUCUUGACUGGCCUAGUCGCUACAGAGUCGCGGUUGGCUCCGCUCAGGGGCUCCACUACAUGCACCAUGACUGCUCGCCGCCGGUGAUUCACAGGGAUGUGAAGAGCAGCAACAUACUCCUGGACGAGGAGUUAAAGCCCAAGAUCGCAGAUUUCGGGUUGGCUCGCCUCAUAGGCCGAUCUGGUGAACCAGAAACCGUCUCAGUAGUCGCCGGUUCGCUUGGUUACAUGGCUCCAGAAUGCGCAUACACCAUGAAAGUGAAUGAGAAGAGCGACGUAUAUAGCUUUGGGGUGGUCCUCCUAGAGCUUGCCACAGGAAGAGAAGCUCACAAUGGUGGGGGAGAAAUGAAUCUCGUGGACUGGGCAUGGCAACAUUUCCAGGCGGAGAAGCCACUGGCAGAAGCCAUGGACCAGCGUAUCUACGAUCCCUUCGUCUCCGAGCAAAUGUUUGCCGUCUUUAAACUGGGACUUCUGUGCACAAGCAAACUUUCUGCAGACCGGCCUCCCAUGAAUGAGGUUGUUGAUAUUUUGCUCCGCCAUGAACUGCAUCCUGAUCAUGCAAAAUCAGUCGAUGGAGAGAAGCCGCUUAGCAGCCGAGAUGUUUCGCCUCUGCUGUGCCACAAGUCUCUCCGGUCCCAGUGGGGAAGCAAGGUUGUUGAUGACAGUUUUGUGUGAUGCUAAGGGCGUGGUCUCUAUAGCCGGCUAAGCUGCCUGGAUACCCUGCUUUUUCAUAGGCAAUGUGUGCUUACACAACUCUUGAGAAAGCAGCGCGGCUUGUUUGCCUGCAACCGAGCCUAAAAUGACAACACCAGAAACACCAGUGGCCAAGUUGGAGUGCAGAGGAAUUGAAGCGUCCGGACCAAAAGGUUCCAGCGCCGGAAUUGUGACCAUGACUCGCAAAGCCACUUGCUUGUCAUCAUCAGAGAGGUAGGACAGCAAACUGAGGGUGGACAAUGAAAAACACCUACUGUAUAAAAAUAAUGGCAAAUUAUGAUCUUUUCCA